CCAGAACACGAACUAUUUAGAACGGAAAACUUUUUCAAACUAUAACCGUUUUCAACCGAAACUGUUUUGAACCAAAAUGCCUAUGAACCAGCAAUUUCAGCCCGAAACCGGACUGGAACCAGCCUGUGGCCGCUCGUAGACCCGCCUGAACACGUAGGAUUCGACGUCGUUUAUUGCCUCAUCGUUUUACUAAAUUUUGUUAUUUGCCUGAAUAUUUUCGGUUGGCCGACGCCUUCUUCAGUAUUUCCCGCAUCCAAAUUCUUAAAUUGUUAAUGGCGUUCCCGCAAUUGCAAGGAGAGAGCACGUUCGAUGAGUUUACUUCCACUGAAUCCUCAAUUGAAGAGCAGAAAGAGGAAAUGUUCAAUGCGAGAGCCUCAAUAGAGGAAUUGGGUGCCAAUUUGGAUAAACAGAAUGAGAAAAAGGCCAAUCUUUUGAUUGAUUUGCAACAUUUACGCCGAAGAAUCGAGGAGAAGGAAGGUGCCAAUGGCAGAGUGCAGAAAUUGCUUCCUCUUUUGUACUCACUCAAGGCUCUGGAAAGGCAAGAAUCUAUUUUGCAAGCUAAUUACGACGACAAUCGCUCUCAGUUGCUAGCUGAGGUUGACGAAUUGGAGGAUAAGUUAGCGGCUGCCUGGAACAUCGAGACUCUCACUGAGGAUAUCGAUCGCUUAUUGUCAGAGUCACUGGAGAAGCUUAACUCGGUUAAGAAGGAACAAGGGGCACAACUAAGAGCAACGUUGACAGUAAAGCAACAGAUUGAUGACAUUCCAACCCAAUCAGAACUCAUCCAGUAUGAACGCCGGUUUUCUGAGCUGAAUGCUCAUAUCCAGGAAAAACAUCGUCAAACCCGCAAAUAUUAUGCAACCUAUAAUGCUCUUUUGGAGAUUAAAGAACUGAUGCUAAAGGAAACCUCCUUGUUGAACUCAAUAAGUUCACAGUUUCAGGAUGCCAUUACAAGUGCUGAUGGUCGCAUGAAGCUGAUUGGUUCCAUGGAAGGGAUUGUAAAGGGCAGCCAACAGAAGCUACAAAAGGUGCAACAAGGGCUUCUGGAAGAGCAGAAGGCUUGUGAUUCUCUUAAGAAGAGGUAUGCCACAGCAAUGGCAGAGCAAAGGCGCUGCUAUUCUCUUUUAAAAGAUUUUCAGGAGGAAUGCACAAAGAAUGAGAGACUUCAGAGCCAAAAAUCUGUCUAAAACAACACGGUUACCUUGCAGGAAGUCAUGUUAUUUAUGCAUCACAAAUGAAUCAAUCAUGCAUUCUGACCUGUUAAUUCGGAGAGUAGCAAUGGAAAUUUUGUUCCACUGAACAUUGACUUUUACUGCUGCUCUUUUGGCCUUUGUGACUUCUGUUUUCAUUUGUAAAAUUGUCUGCUGCUUUUUGACC